AACGUCAAAUGCACGCAAAUUCGCAAAUGCACGUUUUCUUUCAAUCUUUUUUAUAGUUUUCGAAGAGCAUUAAAAUGAAAACUGUGACGAAAAACAAAGAGAAAAAGAGCAAGAAUAAUAAGAAAACCAAAAUUAAACCUAAGAAAGAAAAAGUAUUAUUAGUAGCCCAAGAAAUAAAAUUUGCAAGGCUUUUAUGCGGCAAUGAGAAAAAAACGCGAGAUCGUGUAUUAAAAACAUUCAAAAAAUGGCUUUUGAAUUGUUUUGAUAAAGGCUAUGAGUUUAAAGAAGAUGACUUCAGUCGUAUAUGGAAGGGAUUGUUCUAUGCCGUUUGGAUGUCUGAUAAACCACUAGUGCAGGAAGACUUAUGUGAGACAAUAUCGGGAAUACUAGACCUAUUCCCACCGCAACAGCUAAAAUAUGCUCUGAUGAUGAUAAAGGCUGGUUUCAAAGUGCUUGCACUAGAAUGGUAUGGCAUCGAUCAUCACAGGAUGGACAAGUUUCUUAUGUUGAUUCGUCGCUACUUACGAGGGAGUCUUCGAUGCCUAAGACGUUGUGAAUGGAAUUUGAAGAGCUGUCAGAUGUAUUCUGACAUGGUGUCAGGGACUGAUGGUAUUCUAGCACUAAAGACACCUAGUUACGCCCGUAACGCAAACUCAAUGCUGAUGCACUACAUUGAUUGCUUCUUGGAAGAACUCUCCAAGGUAUCGGAGGGCGACAUUCCCGCGGCUAGUAUGACGGCAUUAUUGCGUCCAUUUUGCGUGUAUAUGUGUAAAGGUGAAUCGCCUGCGUUGUGUGUGAGCGCGCGACGCGUACUAACUGCAUUACUGCGCCAGUCUGAACAUGGCCUACUAUAUCAGCACAAGACUAAGGCGUGGGAGAUGAUGGGAUGCCCUCGCGGUGGGCCAGAUGCCUUGGAAUUGGUGUCUGAUGAUGACGAUGAAGAAGAACAAAUCGGUGACGUUGAUGAAGAGAGGGAACACGAGACGGCGUUAGAUCCCCGCGCGGGUCGAGUCAACGUGGAACUGAACCCGCUACCGGUGCCCGCAAAACAGAUAGCUCAAAUGCUUAAAGAACUACUUGCCACCACCGCCUCCAAAGCGUAUAAAAGAACCAAGAUAUGUCUGCAGAGGUUUGAGCAGUUAGCUAAAGAUGAGUAUCCAUUGCGCGUUCCGGACGUAUACACCGAUGAAGACGAAGCCCCCAAACCGAACACUUUGGACGCGGCAAGGGAUCUCCACAUUCUGGACAAUCAACUAGUACACUCCGCCGAUGAGCUUGCUCUCAGAGGUCUAAGUCGUAAACAUCGUAAAAGAUUACUGGCCAAGAGUCGCGCCGGACUUAGCAUAGUCGAAGACAUCGAAGCGGUCAAAGGGAAAAUCGACGGAUGCACGAAUGGCAAUUGGGAAGUGGAAACAACAGAACCAGAACUAAAUGAUAAACUCAAAAACUGUUCAGAUAAAGAAAACGUAAACAAGGACAAGAAAUCAAACAAACGCAAACUAUCUGAUGAACAGACAGAUACAAACAACAAAAAACAAAAAUUCAAACAUGAAAAAGGGCAGAAAAAUACAAACAAAGACACUAUAAAGAGAUCUUAUGAGAAGAAGACGAAUAAAAAUAAAAAUAAGAUCAAAAAACAAAAAAUAUUAAAUGGUAUUCAAGACAUAAAACUGGUACCCAAACUUAGUGAUGCAACUAAAAAACAAAAAGAAUCGAAAACUGAAAAUGUGGAACCUAAUAAAAAUAACAAGAACCAGAAAAAACUAAAAACAGAUACAGAAGCAAAACAACCGGAUAAUAACGCUAAAAAGCCACUAACUCCACACACCAAUCAAACGAAUACAAAUAAAGUAUUAGUAAAAAGCAAUAAAAUAAACGGUGACACAAAUGUGAAUCCGAAGAAACGUGACCAUAGACAACAGAAGCAAGUCGAAAUCGGUAAAGAGAAGAAGACAUCGCCAUCUGUGAUCAUAAAUAAAGUGAAAAAUUACCAGAAGAAAACUUCUGCAGAAAAAAGUCCACUAAAAAACGGAUCAUAUGAAACUCCAAAAAAGGUCAAGUUUGUAUUAAAAAAUAACUCUAUGCAAGGCCCCGUUGACUAUUAUAAGAGUGUGAGGCAGAGUCCCAGCAUACCUUUCGAUAGUACUAAAAAGCCAUCGAAAACUAACCUCAAAGUGUCAACUCCAUCGCCUAUAAACCCUUUUCUUAAGAAAAAACUCAGAAUAAAAUGA